GAGGGUAAUUGUGGCCAACGGGAGGGGACCAGUGACAGCCCGCCACGUGGCCAGGAACCCUCUCCUGGCCGGGAACAAAAGAGCCACCACCACAGGCUCUGGACCCUUGUCUGAGGCGCCACUGGUCUCCUUCGGCCACUCCUGCCUGACCAUGAGCCUCCUGCUGCUGGCCGUGGGGCUGACUCUGCUUGGCGGCCUCCAGGCCCUGCACAAGGGCCCUGGGGACCCCAACUUCGACGAGAAGCUGGUCAAGGGCAAAUGGUUCUCAGUAGCAAUGGCCUCCAACGAACCAAAAUUCAUAACAAAGGAUACGGACAUGAAGUUCUUCAUCCACAACAUCCAGGUGACCCCUAAGAGCCUGCAGUUGCACGUCCACAGAAAGGUAAAGGGUGUGUGUGUCCCGACUACAAUGACGGCGAAUAAAACAGGAAAGAAGUUUCAGUACACGGUGAACCAUUCCAGUCACAAGAUGAUCUUCUUAGAGAAAGUAGACCCCCAGCACUUCGCCAUAUUCUGCACCCACAGCGUGAAACACGGGAAGGAGACGAUGGUGGUGAACCUCUUCAGCCGGACCCCUACUGUGAGCCCGGACGUCCUGUGGAUGUUUAGAAAAUACUGUAAAACCCAUGGGAUCCACUCGACCAACAUCGUUGACCUGACCCAGACUGGUAGGUGCCCACCCCACCGCCAGCCUCAGGAGGCUGAGGGCCUCGGCCCAGACGCCUGCUCAGCACACCUUGCUCCUCUCUGCUCCUCUCUCCACAGAUCGCUGUCUCCACGCCCACCAGUAGACAGCACCCACUAUGUCCUACUUCCAGGCAACAGGCCCUUCUGGUGGGGGGAGAGGGUCACCUUGAGAACUCAGGGGGAGGUCACGCUGAAGCCACUCCAACCAACUCCCAAAACCAAGCCGGUCAUCACUGACGUGAAGGCUUCUGACUCGCUCCUGAACGCAGUUAAGGCCAACAACAGCGGGCCUGCGGUUCAAACAGGGCCGGGGCGGGUGGUGGGAAGACAGCUGUUCCCUGAACCCCCAUGGCUCCUUCCAGCUCCAGCAGCAGCCACAGCCACAGCCGAGGGCCCAGAGACAGCCGAAGCCCACAGCCCCUCACUGCCCCAGGGAGGGAACCCCGCCCUCUCGGGAUGCUGCAGAGACCGAGACAAGCCUGUGUCCACAGCCUCAGGCCUGCAGGUCGGGCCCACAGGACCCCCAGGGCCGGGCCAGUGGAACCCUACAGCUCCAAGCCACCGACUCUCUCCUCCACUCCCGGGGCCGGCCUUUAAUCAACCACUGCUCUCGCCCCAAGCCUGA